UCUUCAUCUUCAUCCUCCACUCCUUUCUCCAUCCGCAUCCUCCACUCCUUUCUCCAUCCGCCAGCACAAUGCCGCCGCCGCCGCCUCCUCCGCAGAGAAACAUCGUGACCGAGAUCCAGGCCUGGCUGAUGGCCCUCCCGAUCGUGACUCGGUUUCUGUUCGUCAGCACCAUCACCAUCACGCUUGUCUGCAACAUCGGUCUCAUCAGCCCGCAGUACAUGAUCUUCCGGCUGCCUCUGGUUGUCUACAAGCUCCAGGUCUGGCGCCUGUUCACGGCCUUCUUCGUCAACCAACUGAGCUUCAACUUCCUCAUCCACCUCUACUUCCUCUACCAAUACUCCAAGAAUCUGGAAACCUCUCUGUUUUCGAACCGGCCUGCAGACUAUGCGUUCUUUAUUGCAUUCUCGAUGGCCACCAUCUUGAUCCUCGGCUGGAUCGUCAACAGCGUCAGCUUCUCCGAGUCGCUGCUGCUGGCCAUCAUAUAUGUGUGGUCCCAGUAUUUCCGCGAGAUGGACGUCAGUUUCAUGUUCGGCGUGCGAUUCAAGGCCGUGUUCCUUCCCUGGGCGAUGGUUGCCAUGGACUACUUGAUGGGCUACGGCCUCAACAUCGGGAAGGUCGUGGGCAUCUUGGUGGGCCAUUUUUACUACUUUUUGGAGAAGGUCUAUCCCGAGUCCAACGGCCAGGCCAAGAUCCUGCAGACACCCGCCAUCUUUGAGCGCUUCCUGCCCUCCAACCAGCAGGGCGGUGAUGGCCAGGGAUACACAUUCACCCCACCCAACCGCCAGAACGGCCCGAACGGCCCGAACAACGGCGGACACAGCUGGGGCCCUGGUCGCAGGCUGUGAGGCCCGUUACUGCUCGCCGACAGCGAUUCCGGCACAGACCGACAGCAGCAGCAGGCAUCGCAUCAAUAUACGCCGUUGCGCCAUCUAUACCGACCGAAGCCGGGGCCGUGCGGGUUGCUGGCCG